AUGCAAUUCUCUUCAGUCUUCGCGACGCUGACGCUCGCUGUUGUUGUCACAGCUCUCCCCGGAGGCGAUGGUUGCCGCGUCGUGACCGCAGCCUCUGGGACCACCUGCAAACAGUCGAGCAACGGCUUAACGUGCGGCGACUUCAUGGCGUCAUGCGGAGUUGGCCAGUGGGUUAAGAAGUUGGAUAACUCGCCGCAAUGUGAGAGAAAGAAGUUGGAUACGCCUUGUACCGGAUCGUGGAAGUGCUGCACCAAAUAG